AUCCGACAGCCAUUAUCGAAUCAUAGCCGCGCUAUUCCUUUUUUUCCGCGUCCUGUUCGGCGCUAACGGUCCAGCAGAAGCCCGCUCUCAGUCCGCGUGUCCCCGGACUUCAUUAUCCGUGGAUAACUUACUGGCGGGGGGGCGGACGUAGCCUCGCAGGGCAUCAGCAUCUCUGCCAACCUGUCUCCGUGACCCCGUGCAGCAGUGCGAGGAUCGCCGCGAUCCGGCUGCUGGCACCAUGUCUUCCUCGGACGAGGAGAGUGUGAGCGAGCGUUCCUACCGCAGCGAGCGCUCUGGCUCUCUGUCACCACGGCUCACCACGCACUCGUCCGGCCCGCCGGGUCCCCCAGGUGACACGCUGCCCUGGAAUCUGGCCAAGCACGAGCGCGGCAAGCGCAAGAACCAGGGCUCCGUGCUGGAUCCCGCUGAACGCGCCGUCGUGCGUGUGGCAGAUGAACGGGACAGAGUACAGAAGAAAACCUUCACGAAAUGGGUCAACAAACACCUGAUCAAGCCCCGGGAGAAAGGCCGCAUGCGGUUCCACCGGCUGCAGAACGUGCAGAUUGCCCUGGACUUCCUCAAGCAGAGACAGGUCAAGCUGGUGAACAUCCGAAACGAUGACAUCACCGAUGGGAACCCCAAGCUGACGCUGGGCCUGAUCUGGACCAUCAUCCUCCACUUCCAGAUCUCGGAGAUCUACGUAAGCGGCGAGUCGGGUGACCUGACGGCCAAGGAGAAGCUGCUGUUAUGGAGUCAGCACGCCACAGAGGGCUACCCCGGCCUGCGCUGCUCCAACUUCUCCUCCAGCUGGAGCGACGGGCGCAUGUUCAAUGCACUGCUGCACCGCUACCGGCCAGACCUGAUCAACAUGGAAGUUGUAGCAAAGCAGAGUAACCGCGAAAACUUGGAACAAGCUUUUGAGAUCGCAGAGUCAUUAGGGGUCACACGACUUCUGGACCCUGAAGACGUGGAUGUGCCUUCACCAGACGAGAAGUCUGUUAUCACCUAUGUCUCUUCCAUUUAUGAUGCCUUCCCCAAAAUCCCAGAAGGAGGGGAGGGCAUUGCGCCUCACGAGGUGGACCAGCGCUGGCCCGAGUACCAAUCGCGCUUCACCUCGCUGCUCCAGUGGAGCCGGCAGCACACGGCCCUGAUGGCCGACAAGAACUUCCCCCAGAAUCCCGUGGAGCUGAAGGCUCUUUACAACGAAUACGUCCACUUCAAAGAGACGGAGAUCCCAGCUAAGGAGGCAGAGAAAAGCCGGAUCGAGCACCUGUACAAACUGCUGGAGGUGUGGAUGGAGUUUGGCCGCCUCAAGCUGCCCCAGGGGCUGCACCCCAAUGACCUGGAGGAGGACUGGGGCAAACUGAUCAUGGAGAUGCUGGAGAGGGAGAAGGCUCUGCGACCGGCCGUGGAGAGGUUGGACUCCCUGCUGCAGAUAGCCAAUAAAGUCCAGAACAUGGCUCUGGAAUGUGAGGAGAAGCUCACCCUCGCGAAGAACACGCUACAGGCUGAUAUGGCCCAGCUGGAGGACGGGCAGCCGGUCCGCUGUGAGCAGGACCUGGGGGUCUACCUACAGGACUGCGAAGGCCUGCUCAGGCAGCUGCAGGUGGACCUGCAGAUCCUGAGGGACGAAAAAUACUACCAGGUGGAGCAGUUGGCCUUCAGGGUAUCGCGUCUCCAAGAGGAACUGGUCGCCCUCAGGCUUCAGUGCUCCAGCGUCUACAGGAAAGGUCACUUCACCAGGAGCAGCGUAGGCGGAGAGCUGGGUGGCCAGUUGACACCGGGCCGCGGCGGCCUCUCCUUGCCCUUGGGGGCCCAGACACUGCUGGGGGCGGCAGGGGCGGUGGCGGCCCUCCUGCGCAGGCCCUUGUCCCGCGCCGAGAUAGUAGCUGUGUCCUCCUCAGAAGAUGAAGGCAGCCUGAGGUUCCUCUAUGAGCUUCUGGGCUGGGUGGAGGAGACCCAGGACCUGCUGGAUCGGGCUGAGUGGGGCACUGACCUGCCCUCCGUGGAGCAACGGCUGCAGGAGCAUCGAGCCAUGCACGGUGCCGUAGAGGACCUGCUGCAGAGUCUGCAGGAGGCGCGGCGCUGCGAGGCCACCAUUUCCCCCACCUUCCGCAGCAGCUACACCGAGACACUGGCCAAGUUGGAGCACCAGUACUGCAAACUGCUGGAACACUCGUCGUGGCAACUGCGUUGCCUGGAGAGCCUGCGUGCGUUCAUGUCACGCUGCACAGAAGAACUGAUCUGGCUCAACGAGCGGGAGGAGGAGGAGCUGGCCUUCGAUUGGAGCGACGGCAACACCAACGUGGCAGCCAAGAAGCAGCUCUACGCGGACAUGAGGUCAGAGCUGGAGGAGAAACAGGACGUGAUGCGUAUCCUGCAGGAAACGGCCGAUCGCCUCUGUCAGGAGAACCACCCAGCCAAGCAGACGGUGGAGGCUUACAGCGCCGCCCUGCUGACCCAGUGGGAGUGGGUCAGGCAGUUGUGCCUGUGUGUGGAGCAGCACCUGAAAGACAACGGCACCUAUUUCCAGUUUAUGAGCGACGCGAAGGAGUGUGAGAGUUACUUGCGGCAGCUGCAGGACAGCAUCAAGAGGCAGUAUACCUGCGACAAGAGCAGCCGCCUGGGCAAGCUGGAGGACCUGCUGCAGGACUCCAUGGAAGAGAAGGAGCAGCUGAUUGAGUAUCGCAGCACUGUGGCCAGCUUGGUAGGCCGGGCGAAAACGGUGGUGCAGUUGCGGCCACGGGGUGGCGACAGCACCCUGCCCACCACAGCCACGCCCAUCCGCGCCAUCUGCGACUACCGGCAGAUUGAGGCCGAUGCUCAGAUCACCAUCUCCAAGGGAGAGGAAUGCGUGCUGGAGGAUAACUCCCAGCGCACCAAGUGGAAGGUCAUCAGCCCCAAUGGCAACGAGGCCAUGGUGCCCUCCGUCUGCUUCAGCGUCCCGCCGCCGAACAAAGAGGCCAUCGAGAUAGCCAGCAGGACCGAGCAGCUCUACCAGAAUGUGAUGGCCCUCUGGCACCAGCUGCAUGUCAACAUGAAGGCGGUGGUGUCCUGGCACUACCUGCAGAAGGACAUCAGGGCCAUCUCUUCAUGGAACUUGGACACGGUGCGCUCCCAGUCAGCAGAUGACAGGCGGCAGGCUCUCGACCACCUGGAGUCUCACCUGUCCGACUUCCUGGCGGACAGCCGGGAGAGCCCCCUGUUCACCCCCGCGGAGCGCUGGGACCUGGAGAAGGAGGCGGAGAACAGCCGCGCCCACUGCCAGGCUCUGCUGAUCUCCAUGGAGACCGUGGAGAAGGACGAGUCCGUGUCUCGCGCCUACCUGUUAGAGCUGGACAACAUCAAGCGGCACCUGGAGGGGGCGGAGCAGCGGCUGAAGAAGGGCAUACAGGCCCCGCCCCCCGGCAGCGCCAGCAGUGACGCGGCUGACAAUGCCAUUCACAUUGCGGAGGCAGAGCGGCUGCAGCAGGACCUGGGCGGCCUCCGCUCGGACCUGGGCGACGUGUCCCGCCGAUGCCUCGGGUUCUUCCAGGAGAAGCCGAGCUCCUCCAGCGUGCCGGCGCUGCGCACCCAGUUGGGCCUCACUGUGGAGCAGAUGGACCGGGUGCAUGCGCUCUCCUCCGUCUACCUGCACAAGCUGAAGACGGUGGACGUGCUCAUGCGGAGCUCGCAGGCCGCCGAGAGCCUGGUGAAGAAGUAUGAGAGCCGGCUGAGUGAGGAGGACAUGGUCCCGGCUGACAUCAGCGCCAUCCAGGCCCUACGGGACCAGCUGGCGCGGUGGCAGUCUGAACUGGGCCAGCACGAGGCGGUCUUCCAGGCCCUCGCCGACGAGGUCCGCCGAGCCCAGGAAGCUGCGGCCCAGUUCCGGCAGCUGCAUCCGGAACACAGCCCCGAGCUGGAGAGGUACCAGGAAAGGGCGGCCCAGCUGGCUGACAGGUGGACUGGUGUACGCAGACAGAUCGAGACCCGGCAAGUGGACCUGGAGAUGCUCGGUUCUGUUCUGCAGCAGUACCGGCAGGGUCACUCGGCGCUGAUCCACUGGAUCGAGGAGACUACAGAGAGGCAGGAGAACACGCAGGCCGGACAGACGGACAGCAGGGUGCUCUCAGAGCAGCUGGCCCAGCAAACGGCCCUUGUUGCUGAAAUUGAACAGAACCAGGUGAAGCUGGAUGAGUGUCAGACGCACUCCAAGCAGUACAGCACCGCAGUGAAGGACUAUGAGCUGCAGCUGAUGACCUACAGAGCCUUUGUGGAAUCCAACCAGAAGUCGCCGGUGAAGAGGAGGAGGAUGCAUUCUUCAUCAGACGCCAUCACACAGGAGUUCAUGGACCUACGCACGCGGUACACGGCCCUGGUGACGCUGACCACGCAGCACGUGAAGUACAUCAGCGAUGCGCUGCGGAGGCUGGAAGAGGAGGAGAAAGAGGUAGAGGAAGAGAGACAGGCCAGGGUGGGCCAGGUGGCUGACCUGCUCUGCUGGACGAAGGGCCUUCAGGAGCGCUCAGGGGCCAUCGGGGGCCCGAAGGCCGGAGAGCCUGGAUCUGCAGUGUCGUCACUGGCCGCUCAGCAGGCCAUUAGUGAGCAGCUCGCUGCCAGGAAGGAGGAGGUGGCAGAAGCCAUCAGGAGCACAGAGGUCUUCCUACUCUCCAGGCAGGCCAGCAAGCUGUCAGAGGAGGAGCGUGCCCAUGUGAUGGCCCAGCUGGAUGAGCUGAAGGACACCUACAACCAGUUAUGCCAGAGUGCCGCCACUCAGCAGCAGCAGCUGCAGCAACAUCUGGCCAAAGAGGAAGAGCACAAGAGCCUAGUCGCCAUAGCUGGAGUGAUUGACCUGGCCACAGUGGAAACCUUCCCAGUGUUUGAGGCAGCGCAGCGUGGCCUCAUAGACCAGGAUACCUGCCGCACCCUGCUGGAAGCCCAGCUUGUGAUGGGUGGCCUAAUCAUGCCCGACUCCCAAGAAAGCCUCUCUCUACAGGAGGGAUUGACUGAAGGCCUGAUUAACAGCACUACUGUCCAAUCGUUGUCAGAAUUGGAGGCGGUCCUGCACCUCGUGGACAAAUCGGAGCUAAGAAAAGGCCCGAUAGUCCCAGUUGCUGCUGCAAUGGAGGAAGGGCUCAUCCGUGAGGAAGUGGGACUGCGGAUUCUGGAGCUCCAGCUGAGUUUCGGUGGAGUGAAGGAGUCAUCCAAGGGGGAACAGCUGGGCCUGGAGGCAGCAGCAGACAGAGGCCUACUCCCGGCCCACAUCCAUGGCAAGCUGCUGGAGCGUUCACAGCGACGGGAACUGAUCGACCCCAACACGGCGGAGAAGCUCAGCCUUUCUGAGCUUAACCAGCGCUGUGUCACGGACCCGGAGACUGGGCUGCACCUACUGCCUGUUAACCAGCAGCCAGGGGGCACCGUGUGCCUGCGUUCUGGCAGGAGGGUGGGGAUCUUCCGUGCGGUGCAGGAAGGCCUGAUCGAUCGUCAGGUGACCAUACGGCUGUUGGAGGCCCAGCUGUUUGCGGGAGGAAUCACAGACCCACGCUCCGGACACCGCCUGACGGUCAACGAAGCCGUCCGACACGGUUUGAUGGAUCAGGAUCUUGCAUGUGCGAUACUGACCCGACAGCUACGAGCAGGUGGACUGUUAGAUCCAGUUACCGGGGAGCGCCUUGGCAUUGACGAGGCUGUUGAGAGAAACCUACUUGCCCCCCGGAUGGCCUUGCUGGUACUGGAGUCCCUCUGGGCUUUCGUGGGCCUUUUGUGGCCUGAAUCCGGUGAGCUCUUGCCUUUAUCCGAGGCUUUACAGCAAGGCAUGAUCCCAGGAGCGUUAUCUAGGUCCAUCCUGAGCAAGCGGCAUGCUAUCAGAGCUCUCUACCUUCCUGAAACUAGCCGUGUGGUGCCCCUUGAUCAGGCGAACGAGGCUCUGACACCUAGCGUGGUUGAGAUCUUGCAAGAGACUCAGAUCCCUGAUCUGCUUCCCAGUAUAACAAAUUCUGGAUCUCCUACUCUCAACCGCCUGAGCUGGGGUUCUACCUCCUCAUCUCCAUCCUCCUGUUCACCCCCUGCAUCCCCCAAGGACCUCAAGUUUGAUCCAACUUUUCUGGAACAGGCAGGUCCAGGAGAACAGGCCCAACAUCGCCUGCUCUUCCACCUCAUGACCCACAGCUAUGUUGACGCUCACUCUGGUGAACGCUUGGUGCUGUUGGAGCCAGAGCUAGCAGAACUUGCCAUUGCCACUAGGUUGUCAUCAGAUGUCGGGGAAAACCAAGAAGCAGAAUCAAAAAGCAAUUUGGCAGUUGAACUUCAGACUAAAGAGCAACUGGGCGUUAAGCAUUCCAUGACUGACAUGCAAGAACAGAUCAGCACAGACAUCUUGGGUAUUGAGGAGGAAUGUACUGUCAAAAAACACAUUACCCUUAAAGCUGAGGAAUAUGACAGAUUGGUUUCCCUGGAAAAGCAGCUCUCUGUGGAUGAGGUGAAAGAUCCUGGCCUAGCAGCACAGACUGAGACGUACAGUAUAGAACUGUCAAACACUCAGGACCAAGUUAACUCUGGUGAUGUAGCUUCAAAGCUAAACAAAAUAAAAAAGGAUAAAACAAUGAGUGUGAAUGAAGUAGAAAUGAUGAUGAUGAGGAGUGUUCAGAAAGAAGAAGAAGAUACGAGUAUAAGAACAGUCAAGUUUGAAGGGGGGAUAUCUCCUUCUACGGAAUGCAGGUCCUUUACACCAGUGGACUUGGAGACAAAGGAGCAGGUAAAGUCCCAUUCAGACUGGACCAGACUUACCUUGGUAGAUAAAGAUGUGAUCAGGUGCAAUAUGGCCUCUCUCAUAGAAGAUUUCCAGGGUGAUAUCCCAGACAUGAAAAAAGAUCUGGAACUACAUUCUGAUGCCAUAACGACAGUGAGCAGUCUUUCUGCUAGUGAAUUCGACCUCCCAACAGUGGUCGUAUCUCAGCCCUCUGACAGGACAGAAUGUGUGCAAACAAACGUGAGGAUGAAUCAAGAUGUUCCAGUAGAGGCAAGACAGAGUGACGACCUUGACAGAUUGGUGGAGGAUGAUGAGAUACAGGGACAUGAAGAGUGUAUCACACACACCAAGACAGAGAUUGCUCCUCUUGAGAAAGGGGACUCAGACAGUGCCAUGAGACCAGAAAUGCUAGAAGUGGACCCUUGGGCUGCCCAUAAAGACACCUAUCAGGAAAUCCAAACUGCAGAUCUCCAGGAGGAGAAAUGCCUGGACGAAGUUGACGUGUUAAAGACCGCUCUUCUAGCCCUGGACACCAAAACAGUGGGAGUCAGAGAGUCACAAAGAGAAACUGUGAUAGAGCAGGGCAGCCAGGUCCAGCCAGGUCCCCAGAAAGCUGUAGAGGACAGUGAUGGCAGAGACCAGGACUUGGGAGAUACUGACAGUCACAUGCUAGAGGAAAGCUUUGGAAAACCAGACAAGGUGGAUGCAGAACUAGAGAGGCUAGUGAGGGAGCUGCAGGAAGGUGGCCUGAGGACUGAGGGUGGGGAGCGGCUGCUUCUGGACGAAGCCGUUGCCCGGGGCGUGCUCCCAGGGCACACAGCGGUCAGGCUGAUGGAGCGGGCUGGGCUCUUUGGGGGAUUCCUGGAUGCAAGAGCCUGUGAGGUCCUAAGCGUGGAUGACGUGGUACAAGAGGGCCUGCUGGACGAGAGCCUGAUGCUGAGUGUGCUCAACUCAGAGAAGACGCUGGCCGGCGUGGCAGAUGUGGACCGUGGUCAGCUGUGCUCGCUGCGGGACGCUGCCCGGGCCGGGUUGCUCGAUCCUCAUACUGCAGCCCGGCUCUUGGAGGCUCAGGUGGUGUCAGGGGGUGUGGUGGACUUGCGACGGGGUAAGAAGGUGUCUGUCACCCUGGCCUCAAACCUGGGACUGAUUGAGGAGGGUCAGAGGGAAGGACUGACUACCCUGGAGAAAUCCUGUAGGGGAAAGAGUUCAGACCCUAAGGUAGCCCUCACUAAGGUCUCACUGCAGCUGCAGAUGGAUGGGAUAGUAGAUCCCAAAACCCGACAGCCUGUGGGCAUGGAACAAGCCUUGAAGAAGGAACAUCUGACACAGGAAGUGGCGCGACAGGUUGUUCUCCAGCAGGUAGCUGAAGGUGGUAUUGUGCACCACGGCUCUGGGGUUCGGCUGUCGGUGGCUGAUGCCUUGCAGAGAGACCUGGUGGACAAGAGUAUCGCUGAGGAGCUGAAGCAGUUUGAGAGGGAAUGUCACAGGUUUCCUAGCCUGGAUCCCAAGGUAGCUCUUCUGCAGGCUUCCACUGGGACUGUGCCCGAUCCUGCCUCUGGGAGCAAACUGACACUGACUGAGGCCAUGUCUCGAGGAUUUCUGGAUGAUGUCACGGCAGAAGCGGCGAUGGCUUCACCCACGGUGACCCAAGGCAUGCUUGAUCCCCAAAGCGCUCGUGUCGUGCCCUACUUGGAGCUUGUCAAUCAAGGAAAAAUUGACAUUGAGACAGGCAGGCGCUUUCUUGAGGUGCGGCCCUUCAGUGGUGUCCGGGACGUGCGUACAAACAAAAUUCUGACACUACAUGAAGCAAUGGAAGAGCGACUGGUUGACCCAGUGCCGGCACUGAGACUGUUACAGAGCCAGGCAGACUCAGGUGGUAUUGUUGAUAUAAGGACAGGCGUGCGGGUCUCCCUUGCAGAAGCUGUUAGUAGGGGCUUAGUAGGAGAAGAAAUGGCUAAGCUGGUUGCAGAGAAGCAGACCAAGAUGGGUGGUGAGCUGAACCCAGCCACUGGAGAUCAAGUUUUUAGUAUGAAGGGGGGCAUCGACUCGGGGCUCAUCACCAGUGAUAUAGCUUCAGACAUCCAGGACAAAGUGGAAGCUUUAGAGAAGACAGACUAUGAAGAGGAAAAGCAAAAGCCAUCACUAAGCCCUACUAAUGGAAUCACUGCUUCUCCAUCCACAACGGGGUCACCUGAUCAUAGCUGCACACUUACAAGGCUGGUUGAGGAAACCCCUGAUCAGUAUAUAGCAAAUACCGAAAACAGAUAUGACCCAUUAAUGGUCACUAAAACCCAGACAGAGAAAAUGACACCAGAUACGCAUGAGCCCUCAAGACUGCUUGCAACCUAUGAACCGGCUGAAUGUGAAGGUGAAGGAGAGGACCAAAGUUUAAUUGCUUUUGCACACAGAGAGGUGCUAACAGUAGAAAAGUCAGUGGAUAACAAGGUAGGAAAACAUUCCAUGGAAGGUUUGUCUCAGUUUGAAAUGAAUGUAGAGAAAACAACAUUACAAGAGGCACAGUGGGAGACAGAACCUCAGUCCAACUUGACACUUGAAAAUGAAUUACCUUCCAGUUCUGCUAGUGCUCAUCUGGAACAGGAGGGAUCUAGAAAUAAUAGAGACAGUGUAACUUGGCCCCAGUGUGGGUCAGUGACUCUAUUUAGCAGAGAUACAACUGAGGGAGAAAAAGCAAAUGAUCAGAUGAAUAUAAUAAUGUCGCAGCCUCAGUGGGCCUUGGAUCCUUCGGUAGAUGAGGAACAUUUGGGGAAUCAACAGAUCCCUGACUCUGAAGGGUCCACACAUGCCACACAAGCUCCUCUGCAAGGAAGUAAGCAAAGUGCCAUAGUGGACAACAAGGAGGAAGACGGAGAGGUUGGACAGAGGAUAGAGGUUUACAGGAACAGGAGUCCUGAAGAUGGAGCCAUUGCUGAUUCAAGUUUUGUAGAGUUUGAGACCAUGUCACACACGUUAGAUGAAUCGGAAAGUGGGAGUAGGAGGGACGGAAGUGAAAAGGAGUGUAGAAGGAUGGAUGAAGAAGCAACUAAAGCUGAGGACUGUCAGAGAGCUGACGAAAGAUCAGUCAAGACAUCACUUAGAAAAUUGGAAAAGAAGGAGCUUUCAGACAGGAAAGGCAUGAUGCAACAGCGGACAGAGGAGGAGUCAAGGGAGGAAGGCCUGGCCCAAAUCACAGGUCAGACGAUUGUAGAACCAGCCAGUGAGCCAACUGUUAGAUCACUGGAGCUUUGCAGUGCAGGGCAGAAUGAAGUGACUCGUAGGUUUGAAGGAGAAGAGCAGGAAGAGAUCAGAGGCCUGAAUGUGCAAAAGCAUAGUGAAUGCCAAACAGCUGGUGAUGGUUUUGUUUCCAAGGAAACACUGGGGUACACAGUAAGGACAGAUACCAGACUGGAGACAGUGGACCUUCAGACAGGGCAACAGUUGCAGGGAGAAUGUCAAGGUGUGAUUGAAAUGAUCCAGAAGGUGGCGCCAGCAGACAAUGAUAAAGAGGCACUUCUGUUGAAGGCAAGAGAGAGCAUUUUGAGGAAGGUAUUCCAGCGUGAGGUGAGUGAAAAGCAGGCUGCUGAGGAGCUGAAGGGACUGCACAGGGCACCGUGGAGGGCAGGUGACCCUGCCGGCCUCACGGUGGGCAGCGACAGUGAGAAGUGGCCACAGGAGAACGAAUCCGACAUCACAAGUCAGUCAGAAGAACAGACUGUGGCCACGGAGGGCCAGAUGGAGGGAGGUGCCCAGGAUGUUAGUGGAAGCAAAGAGGAGCAACAGUAUGCAGAAAGCACCAGCAGCUCAGAGGGCUUGAAGGCCAUAUCAUUAGACAUGCUGUCACAGGAUUUAUCAACCCAAGGGCAGGAGCUGACAGGAAGGGGCAAAGUGAGUGAUGCUGAGCAGAACGUGAUGCUAACCUCUACAGGAAGUCCAAAGGAAAGCGACCAUACUGAGGAGCCGAGACCUGCCAUAUCUGUGGCAGUGAGUGGAGAAGGGCCUCCAGUGAGUCUGCCGAGGGGGGCCAUGCGAGAGAGCCCCCCUGAAGUCGAGCCUGAGGCACACAGUGUUGCCUUGGGGGAGGGUUCCGAAGACGCGCCUGCUGGACGUUCGCUCAGGCCCAGGGCAGAUCUGGAAGGUCUGAUUCAUGUGGGGCAAGAAGUCGUCACAGGUGAACAUGACACAGAUCAUUCACAGACGCUCCAUGCAGAAAUAAAGCCAGAUGACAGCCAAAGCGAUUACCACGGGGACAGCCAGAGCGUGGAGGCCUCCCAGCUCAUGAUAUCCUCCGAACUGGACCAACUGGAGGCGACCUUAAAAGCUGACAUUGCAGAAAGCCGAGAGAAGGCAGAACUUGACGAGGGCGACUUGGAGCGCGAGGCUGUAACGUCCCCAGAGAGAAACGAGGUGGCCGCUCCUAAAAUAAGCAAGUCCUCAUUGGUUCGUCAGGAGUGUCUGGAGCAUGACCAACGAAUCGUGGCCCUACUUUCCAUGGUGCGACAUAUAGAGGUUCGCCUAAAACAGCAGCAGCAGUCAGGUGACCACAGCCUCAGCAACCUUGAUGCCAUCAUAAGGCAGACCCAGGCAUUGGUUGUGGAGCUGUCUGAUUUAGAAAUGGAGGUAACCCAGGAAGUGGAGGCUUCGAGAUGCUUGCUUGAGUCCCGCCCCCCGGAAGUCCCACACCAGCUUUUAUUGGCCCUUGAGAAGGAUGGGCGGAGCUUGGCCAGAGCAUACGCGGCUGCUAGAGAAGAGUCACAGAGCACUCUGCAGUCGCUUCAGGCACAAAGAGAUUCACGCCAGGGGGCAAUAAGUGGUCAGCUGCAGGCCCUGACCACCAGGAUGGACGCCCUCCAGCGUUGGCUGGAGUCAAACAGGUUAGAGACGUAUGAGCAAACUGAUGGAGCAGACGGCGCCCCUGCUCAGCUUGCACAGGAACUGCAGCAGUGCAAGGAGCUCCAGCAGCUGCUCUCUGGCCGCUCUGCAGACAUCAGCUCUGUGGCGCUGGACGUCCAGAUGUUUGUCUCUGAGCAUGCCCGUGACCUGCCACCUGAACAGAGCAGGCACAUCCUCGGGCAGCUACAGUGUCUGCAGGGGUCCUUCCACCAAGCUGUGGGUCAUGUCCACGCCCGAGCCGACGCCCUGGUCGCCCAGCAGGAACGGGAAUCGGAAACUGAAAGAGAACGAGAACGUGCAGAGUGGGAGCAAGAGAGGGAGAGGCAGCGAGCCAGGGAGAGAGAGGUCGUGCAGCAGCAGAAGGCAGAAUGUUCUGAGAAGUUGAAAGGCCUGGCUAUGUGGUUGGCCGGGGCCACUGGUGCUCUAGCCAAUCAGAUGGUUGGGGCGGAGCCUGGCAGCAUUGGUGCGCUGGAGAAGAAACAGAAGGAGCUGAAGGGAGUGCAGCGUGACCUGCAGGCCCAAGGAGACAGAGUCUCAGAGACUGUGCGUGGAGUGGAGGAGUUUCUGGCAGAGAGGGGUGAGAGCUUGAGUCCAGAGGAGAAGGCCAACUUGCAGCAGAUGCUGGGCCAGGUGCGAGAGCAGUACGGCUCGCUGACCCAAUCUGCCCAGUCGUCCCUGGUCCAGCUGGACUCUGCCAUCAGCACUGCUGUCCAGCAGCACACCCAGAGGGAGAAGGCAGUUGAGAAACUGCAGGUGACCCAUGGGAAGAUCAGCGCCCUCCUAGAAGAGCUGUCAUCUGCGACCAGCCCUAUGCAGACCACAGGGGGCGUAACACAGACUGAUGGCCUGUCCUCCAUGCAACCAGAGAGCGCCUUACAUUGUCACCAUGACACGCUCCAGGCCGAGCUGAGGGGUCUGCAGACGCAGCAGGAGCAGCUGCUGACAGUGUCGCAGUCGGUGCAUGCGCUGCUGGAGCAGCCAGACUCCAGCGUGCCUCCGGAGGAGAAGCAGCGCCUGCGCACAGCCCUGGAACGGCUACAGGCGCAGCAUCAGGAGCAGCUGCGCAGCUGCCAGGAGCGGCUGCGGCGCGGCGAGGCGCUGGGGGACGAGCUCACCAAGUUCCUGCAGGAGCAUGGGCAGCUGGCUAGCUGGCUGGAGACCAGCGAGCGGGACCUACAGGCCCUUGGGGAGGGCGAGUCCAACCCCCAGGAGCUGGGCCGCCGACUGGAGGAGCACAAGAAGCUGUCCGAGGACGUGAUCUGCCACAAGGCGGAUCUGCGCUUCGUCUCCAUCUCGGGCCAGAAGGUCCUGGACUCCGUGCAGGGAGCCCGGGAAAGGGUGGGGGUGGCAGAGCCGGCGCUGGAGCAGACGCAGCAGCUAGUCAGCGAGCGCAUGCAGGACGCCACGCACCGCUACACGGCCCUGCACAGCAAGUCUUCCGAUCUCGGCAUCCGGCUCGCUCGGGUCCUGGACCAGUACCAGCAGUACCAGGAUGAGGCGGGCUCCUUGGAUUCGUGGCUGACCACGCAGGAGCAGAACCAGGCUGCGGUCGGUCUGAGAGGCGAGCUGACGGACGCGCGGACACUGCAGCACGCCCUGCACGCUGUGCAGCUCCUGCAGGAUGAGAUGGCGGAGCGCUCCCUGCAGCUGGAGAGAGUGCGGCGGGCAGCCAGAGAGCUGGCGGAGAGGCGGGACCCCCCCACGCUGAGGCCGGCUGACAUCGCGCACACCGCAGAUGCCCUGGAGGGUCGCUUUAGCACCCUCUCGAAGUCCGUGUCACUGCAGGCAGAGCAGCUGCAGACAGCUGUUGCCCAGUCGCUCAGCGCCCAGGAAGGCCUCCGGGGUCUGCUCUCCUGGCUGGACGGCCUUGCUUUGGCCCCCGGUCCCAUCCAGCCCACCGCCCAGGCCGUGCAGGACGCUCUCGCUCAGAACCAGAAACUCCGGCAGGAGCUGCUGUCACGGCAGGGCAGCAUAGACGCCAUGCAGGAGUCUGUGUCCAAGCUGCUCCAGAGCGCCGACGCCACGACAGCCUCCGGGCUGCAGGGGGCGCUGCAGGAUCUCACCCGGCGCUAUUCCACGGCUCAGACCACGCAGGCCGAGAAAGAGGCGGAGCUGCGUGGCCUGCUGCCCAAGCUGGAGAACUUUGAGCGACUGAGCAGCGACCUGCAGAACUUCGUCCGAACGCGGGAACGAGCGCUGAGUCCCGGUGGGCAGCCGGAUCGCAGCAUGGAGGAUUACAGACAGGCGAUAGCGGAAGUGAGGGAGGAGCUGAACCAGGAAGUAGACCAGCUGAAGUGCCUGUCCGAACUUGGAAAGGACCUCAGCCAGUCCACGGCCAUCGCCAAUGGACAGGCUAUCCUGGACACUCUCAAAAUGGUGUCCGAGGAUUUUGCCCGAUUAGAAUCCAGCGUCAAUGAGAGAUCCACUGCUGUCCAGAGUUGUGGCCAGCAGCUAGCACUGUUCAAUUCCCUCUCUGGCGCCCUCCUCAGGUGGCUUCAGGUAGUGCAAGAACAGCUGCCAUCAGAAGAACCCAGCCUUGACACUGAAGGACUGCAGAGGAGAGUGGAGAGGCUGAAGGAGCUGCUCUGUGAGUGGGAGGCCCGGGGGCCGCAGGUCCAGGAGCUGAAUCAGAUUGGGUCUGAGCUCGAGACGUCAAUCAUUAAAAUCACUUCCCCCCAGAACAAGACUGGUCCCGCCCAGCUAGGUGGUGACUCAGGCAGCCCAAGCAGCGUAAACGGCAUCCACACCUGCCAAGACCUGACGAAGAUCCAGGUAGCGCUGGCUGACGUGGGUAGCGAGUAUGAGCGACUGGGUGCAGAACUGCGGUUGCGGCUGCAGCGGCAGGGAGACGCGCUGGACCUGCGGCGGAAGGCACGGCGUGAGGCCCAGGAGCUGGGCUGCUGGCUGGGCGAGCGCGAGCGCAGCUUUACAGCAACGACGGGGACGGCCAUCUCCCCCUCCCGGCCUGAGGUGGUACGUGCCCAGGCCCAGGAGAACAAGGCCUUGAUGUCCGAGCUGGAGCAGCGUUCCGGGAAGGUGCAGGAGCUGAAGGACACGCUUCAGCAGCUGAUUGCUGAGAACCCGGACUCCCCUGAGGUGGAGGUGUGGCGAGAGCAGCUCAGGAACAUCGGGACAGAGGCAGAUACAUUCUGGAUCAUGCUGCGGGAGUUUGAAACGCGGCGGCCGCAGUUUGACCAGCUGACCCGAGCGGCAGAGGGCAUCCUGUGCCCCGGUGGCGAGGAGGCGCAGGAUCAGGAGGAGGUGCGGGAGCAGCUGAGCACCGUGUCGCAGCAGUGGGCCGAGCUGACGGAGCGCUUGUCCCGCCGCUCCGAGGACAUCGAUCGCGCCCAAGCAGCCAGCCAGCGGUACCAGGCGGCACUCCGGGAGCUGGCCUCUGGCGUGGCGGAGCUCGGCACGAAGCUGGAUGCUCAGGCCUCGCCCAGUAGCCGGCCAGAGGCACUGCGUCGCCAGCUGCAGGAGACCAGCGAGCUGCGGGCACAGCUGGAGAGGCGGCGGGCCCAGCUAGGCCAGGCAGAGGAGCUGUGCCAGGAGCUGAGCGCCAUUGUGACUGAGCCGUACCUGCGGGAUGAGCUCCGCAAGAGGCUGGGGAGUGUGAGCACCCCCCUCAGGAGCCUGGAGGAGAGAGCGGCUGAUGGCCUGUCGCAGCUGCAGGCUGCUCUCUCUAGCACACAGCAGUUCCAGCAGAUGUUCGACGAGCUGCGCAGCUGGCUGGAUGAGCAAGUCCCUGAGCAGGCCCGUGAGGUCGGGGCGUGGCCAGGGGCCGAUGAUGCCCUGCCCUGCCAGCCGGAGGCGCUGCGGGCGCUGCUAUCGCAGCAGGAGCAGGCCCAGCGGGGGCUGGCACAGCAGCGCGGCUCCUAUGAGCUCAUCCAGGCCGAAGGUGCCACCCUGCUGGCCUCGUUGCCCCCUGGUGGAGAGGAGAGGGUGGCGCUGCAGGCCAGUCUCAGUGCUUUGAAACGGGACUGGGAAGCCAUGAACCAGCGCAGUGACAAGCGCAAGGCCCACCUGGCAGAGGCACUGGCCCGCGCCGAUCUGUUCCAUCAGCACCGGGCUGAGCUAGAGCCCUGGGUGGAGGACUGCGAGAGGCGGGAGGCUGAGAUUCAGCCCUCACUGGAGCCAGCUGCCCUGGAAGACGGCCUGCAAAAGGCCCGGCAGCUGGCGCUGGACCUAGAACGUCGGCGCCCCCUGCUGGAGGCACUGAACGUGGCAGCCGACCAGCUGGUUGAGAUAUGCCGGGUUGGUGAGGAGGAGGUGCGCGACGCAAAGGCAGCACUGACCCGACGCGCCGACGGCCUGGAGGAGCGGCUGCAGGGCCACACAACGCAGCUGGAUGAGCUGGCCAGCCGUCUGCGGGAGUUCGAGGAGGGCCGGCAAGCCGUGGAGAGGCGGCUGGAGGCAGCCCGGCACCAGGUGGAGGUGCAGGAGGCGCUGGGGCCCCAAGCAUGCAGCAACAAGAGCCUGGAGCGGCUGCGAGCCCAGCAGGAGGCGCUGUGCUCUCUGCAGCCGCAGGUGGCCUACCUGCACGACUUGGCCCGCGGACUUGUGCUUGACGCACCGGGCGGCACCAGGGAGGGGCGGCUGCGGCUGGAAGGGCAGGCACAGGAGCUGCAGAAAGAGUUUGGGGACAUGGGUGAGAAGAUGGAACAGUGCUGCUCGUCUCUGGAAGCACGGCUACAGGGCGUGGGCGAGGUGCAGGCGCGCGUGCGGGAUGUUUUCUCGCGCCUGGCCGAGCUGGACGACGAGCUGGACGGGCUGGGUCCGGCGGGCCGGGAUGCGGACUCACUGGCCUCGCAGGCGGAGGCGGCGCGUGGCUUCCUGGUGCGGCUGGCGGCACUGCGGGCAGAGCUGGACGCCCAUGGGGCUGACUGCGCCAGCAUGCUGCGGCGGGAGGGCAGCUCGCCGGACCUGCUGGCACUGCGGCGGGAGGCCGAGGCCCUGGGCAGGCAGGCCGCCAAGCUGACGGAACGAGGGCAGGCACGGCUGGCCCAGGUAGAGGAGGCCGCCCGCCGCGUCCGCGAUUUCUACAGCCGCCUGGCCGAGCUGCAAGAGCUGCUGGGCCGCGCCGAAGAUGGGCUAGCCGCGCAGGGCACCGUUGGCACCGAGGUGGAGGUCAUCCGGCAGCAGCUGCACGACUUCAAGGCGGUUGAGCGGGAACAAGUAGACAGCAUUCAGCCCCGGCUGCAGCAGGUAAACGCCGUGGGCCAGGGCCUGAUCCAGAGUGCGGCCAAGGACACAGACACGCAGGCACUGGAGCACGACCUGGAUGCCACCAACCUGCGCUGGAACUCUCUCAACAAACGGGUGGCGGAGCGCAUCGCACAGCUGCAGGAGGCCCUGUUGCAUUGUGGGAAGUUCCAGGAUGCCCUCGAGCCCCUGCUAAGCUGGCUCAGUGACACGGAGGACCUCAUAGCGAAUCAGAAGCCUCCGUCAGCCGAGUACAGGGUGGUCAAGGCUCAGAUACAGGAGCAGAAGCUGUUACAGCGACUCCUGGAUGACCGGCGGGGCACAGUGGAGAUGAUUCAAGCCGAGGGGGAGCGCAUCGCCGCUACCGCCGAACCUCAUGACCAGGACAAGAUCCGCAAACAGCUGGAGAGCCUAGGAGAGAGGUGGAGCAGGCUGCUGGACAAGGCCGGCGCUCGGCAGCGGCAGCUGGAAGAGCUGCAGGUCCUGGCACUGCAGUUCCAUGAGGCUGCGGAGCCGCUGGGGGAGUGGCUGAAUGCCACCGAGCGACGCCUCAACACCGCUGAGCCCAUGGGCACCCAGACCGCUAAGAUCACUCAACAGAUCGUGCGCCACAAGGCCCUCCACGAGGAGGUGCUUUCCAGGGAGGCCGAGAUGAAUGGGCUGGAGGCCCUGGGGGCGGCACUGGGCCCGCUGAGUUGCCGGGCGGACCGCGAGUGGCUGGCGGAGCGCGUGGGGGCGGCGCGGGGGGGCCACAGCGAGCUGCUGGAGCGCUGUGAGCGCCGCGCCGCCCUGCUGGAGCAAGCGCUGGCCAACGCGCGGCUCUUCGGCGAGGAGGAGGUGGAGGUGCUCAACUGGCUGGCGGAGGUGGCACAGAGGCUGGCGGAGGUGGAAGUGCAGGGCUACCAGCCCGAGCAGCUGGGAGAGCUGCACAAAUACACCCUGUCACUGAAUGAGGAGAUCCUGAGCAGGAAAAAGACGGUCGACCAGGCCAUUAAGAAUGGACAGGCUCUGCUGAAGCAGACCACAGGUGAGGAGGUUCUGCUGAUCCAAGAGAAGCUGGAUGGGAUCAAGAGUCGUUAUGCUGAGAUGACUGCUGGCAGCAGUAAGGCCCUCCGGACCCUUGAGCAGGCCCUGCAGCUGGCAACGCGAUUCGCCACCGCCCAUGAAGACAUCAGCCAAUGGCUGGAGAGCUUGGAGUCAGAGCUGAACAAUGUGGAACCGGACACCACGCCGGCCUAUCAGGACAGACAAAAGGAGCUGAAAUGCGUUUCGGCGGAGAAGCGGCUCAUUCUGGACACGGUGAACGAGGUGGGCAACGCUCUGCUGGACCUGGUGCCCUGGCGUGCUCGCGAGGGGCUCGACCGUCUGGUCGCCGACGCCAACCAGCGCUACCGGCAAGCCGACGAAACCAUCACCCAGCGCGUGCAGCUGGUGCAGGCCGCCAUCCAAAGGUCACAGCAGUACGAGGAGGCCGUGGAUGCGGAAUUGGCCUGGGUGGGUGAGACGGAGCGCAAGCUUGCCUCCCUGGGGCCACUGAGUUUGGAGCCCGAUGUGACUGUGGCUCAGAUGCAGGUGCAACGCGCCUUCAACAUCGACAUCAUCCGGCACCGCGACACCAUGGAGCAGCUGCUGCGCACGCAGCCUGAUGUGCUGGAGGCAUGCAACGAGCCGCAGAGGGACUCCCUCAAGGCCAAGACUGAGUCCCUGCACGCGCGCUUUGAGGCGGUCAGCCAGAGCCACGCUGAGCGCUUCUCGGCGCUGGAGCAGGCCCAGGUGCUCGUGGGCCGCUUCUGGGAGACGCACGACGAGCUGGAGCCCUGGCUGGGCGAGACUGAGGCGCUGAUCGCCCAGCUCCCGCCGCCCGCCAUCGACUCAGAGACUCUGCGGCUGCAGCAGGACCAGAUGCGGCUUCUGAGGGAGUCCAUCGCCGAGCACAAGCCCCACAUUGACAAGCUGCUGAAGAUCGGCCCCCAACUGGCCGAGCUGAGCGCCCAGGAGGGGGCAUCGGUGAGACGGCGCUUUGCUGACACAGAGAGCCGCUACCAGGCCAUCAAGGAGGAGGUCAAGGCCCGGGCCGCCGCCCUGGACGAGGCCGUGUCGCAAUCUGCGCAGCUGGUAGAGUUCCAUGACAAGAUGGACCCUCUCCUGGAGUCCCUAGAGGCGGCGGUCCAGCGCCUGAGACAGCCCCCUCCUGUUGCGGCAGAGGUGGAGAAGAUCCGGGAGCAGCUGGGGGAGCACCGUGCCUCGGGCCUGGAGCUGGACAAGCUGCUGCCCUCGUUCAGUGCCCUGUGUGCCCGCGGCGAGGAGCUGAUGGCCCGUGCUUCACCGGAUGACCCAGCAGCGCAGGCGGUGCGCUCCCGCUUGCUGCGCCUGCGCUCCCUGUGGGAUGAGAUCCGGCAGCGGGCCGAGGAGCGGGAGAGCAAGCUGCAGGAUGUGCUAGACCUGGCCGGAAAGUUCUGGGCCGACAUGGCGGCACUGCUGAGCACGCUGCGGGAGUCCCAGGAGAUUGUGAAGGACCUGGAGGACCCCGGCGUGGACCCCUCACUCAUCAAGCAGCAGAUCGAGGCCGCAGAGGCUCUCAAGGGCGAGACGGACGGCCUGCGAGAGGAGCUGGAGUUUGUUCGCACGUUGGGCGCUGACCUCAUCUUCGCCUGCGGGGAAACUGAGAAGCCGGAGGUCAAGAAGACCAUUGAUGAGAUGAACACCGCUUGGGAGAGUUUGAGUCGGACUUGGCGAGAGCGGAUGGAGAAGCUGGACGAGGCCAUGUCUGCCUCGGUGCAGUACCAGGACGCCCUGCAGGGCAUGUUCGACUACUUGGACAACGCCGUGAUCAAGCUGUGUGACAUGCCCGCUGUGGGCACUGACCUGGGCACCGUCAAGCAGCAGAUCGAGGAGCUGAAGCAAUUCAAGGUAGAGGUGUACCAGCAGCAGAUCGACAUGGAGAAGCUCUGCCACCAGGGGGAGUUGCUGCUGAAGAAGGUGUCCGACCAGACGGACCGAGACAUGAUCCAGGAGCCACUGACCGAGCUGAGGCACCUGUGGGACAACCUGGGGGACAAGAUCACGCAGAGACAGCACAAGCUGGAGGGGGCACUCUUGGCUCUGGGGCAGUUCCAGCACGCCCUGUCAGAGCUGCAGUCCUGGCUGAGUCACACGCACGCCACGCUGGACACACAGCGCCCCAUCAGCUCCGACCCCAAGGCCAUCGAGAUCGAGCUGGCCAAGCAGCACGUGCUGCGGAAUGACGUGCUGUCGCACCGCUCCACCGUGGAGACAGUCAACGCCGCCGGCACCGAGCUGCUGGAGUCCGGGCCCGGUGAUGAGGCCGGCCACCUGCGCGAGCAGCUGGAUGCGCUCAAUCGCAGCUGGGAUGGGCUACUACUGAAGAGCGAGGAGCGACAGAGACUGCUGGAGGAGGCGCUGCAGCAGGCGGAGGGUUUCCAUGGCGAGCUGGAAGAGUUCCUUCAGUGGAUGCGACGCACGGAGAGCCAGCUGUCAUCCGCCAAGCCCACCGGGGGGCUGCCGGAAACGGCCAGGGAGCAGCUACAGCAGCACAUGGAGCUGCAAGCCCAGCUGGCCCAGCGCUCAGACCAGUACCACCGACUGCUGGACCGUGGCGAGUCCAUGCUGCUGUCGCGGGGGGGCGAGGACGCCCCUGGAACCACCCAGACCCAGCAGAACCUGGCCCUACUGCAGAACAAGUGGGCCGCCCUCAAUGGCAAGAUGGACGACCGGCGGAUUAAGCUGGAAGAGGCGGUCUCCCUGGCGACGAGCUUCCAGACCUCCCUGCAAGACACCAUCAACUGGCUGACACAGGCGGAGCAGACGGUGAACAUGGCGCAGCCCCCCAGCCUUAUCCUGGAGACGGUGCUGUCUCAGAUUGAGGAGCACAAGGUGUUCGUGAAUGAGGUGAACACGCACCGGGAGCAGGUCCUGGCGCUGGAGAAGGCCGGCUCCCAGCUCCGCUUCGCCAGCCUCAAGCAGGACGUGGUGCUGAUCAAGAACCUGCUGCUGAGCGUGCAGGCGCGCUGGGACAAGGUGGUGCAGCGCUCCCUGGACCGUGGCCGCCACCUGGAUGAGGCCCGCAAGAGGGCCAAGCAGUUCCAUGAAGCGUGGAAGAAGCUGAUCGACUGGCUGGAGGAGGCGGAGAGCCGGCUGGACUCAGAGCUGGAGAUCUCCAAUGAGCCUGACAAGAUCAAGGUGCAGCUGACCAAGCACAAGGAGUUCCAGAAGGCUCUGGGAUCCAAACAGCCGGUGUACGACACCACGGUGCGGUCGGGCCGGGCCAUGAGAGACAGGACCACCCUGCCAGCGGAUGGACAGAAGCUGGAACACCUGCUGGGGGAGGUGCGAGACAAGUGGGACACUGUGUGCGGAAAGAGUGUGGAGAGACAGCACAAGCUGGAGGAGGCGCUGCUGUUCUCCGGCCAGUUUGCUGAGGCCCUGCAGGCGCUGGUAGACUGGCUAUACCGGGUCGAGCCCCAGCUCAGCGAGGACCAGCCUGUCCACGGCGACCUGGACCUGGUGACCAACCUGAUGGACUCCCACAAGGCCUUCCAGAAGGAGCUGGGCAAGCGGACGAGUAGCGUUCAGGCGCUUAAGCGCUCAGCGCGCGACCUGAUGGAGGCGGGCCGCGACGACACGGCCUGGGUGCGAGUGCAGCUGCAGGAGCUGAGCACGCGCUGGGACACGGUGUGCGCGCUAUCCGUCAGCAAGCAGACCCGCCUGCAGGAGGCGCUCAAGCAGGCGGAGGAGUUCCGAAACGCAGUUCAACUGCUCCUGGAGUGGCUGUCAGAGGCGGAGCAGACGCUGCGCUUCCGUGGCGUCCUGCCCGAGGAGGCGGAGACCCUGCGUGCGCUGCUGCAGUCGCACCGCGACUUCAUGCAGGCUGUGGAGGAGAAGCGGGCGGACAUCACGCGGACUGCCGGCAUGGGGGAGGGCAUCCUCACGGGCUGCCACCCCGACUCCAUCACCACCAUCAAACACUGGAUCACCAUCAUCCGUGCGCGCUUCGAGGAGGUGCUGACGUGGGCCAAACAGCACGAGCAGCGGCUGGCAACAGCCCUGACCGAGCUGCUGAACAACGCCACGCUUCUGGAGGACCUGCUGUCCUGGCUGCAGUGGGCGGAGACCACCAUCUUACAGCGGGACACCGAGGCCCUCCCCCAGGACAUCACUCAGCUGAAAACACUGAUCACGGAGCACCAGCUGUUCAUGGAGGAGAUGACGAGGAAGCAGCCCGACGUCGACCGCGUCACCAAGACCUACAAGAGGAAGCCUGCAGAACCGGCCAGCAGCAUGGGCGAGCGACGCGGAGCCCGCAAACAGCCGCAACAGCAGCAGCAGCAACAGCAGGCGGCGGUGCAGGUCACCGGCGGCAACCCGCGUCUCACCCAGCUCUGCUCCCGCUGGCAGCAGGUGUGGCUGCUCGCGCUGGACCGCCAGCGUAAGCUCAACGACGCCCUCGACAGGUUGGAAGAGCUGAAGGAGUUCGCCAACUUCGACUUUGACGUGUGGAGGAAGAAGUACAUGAGGUGGAUGAACCACAAGAAGUCGCGCGUCAUGGACUUCUUCCGACGUAUCGACAAGGACCAGGACGGCAAAAUCACGCGGCAGGAGUUCAUCGAUGGCAUCCUGGCCUCCAAGUUUCCCACCAGCAAGCUGGAGAUGACAGCUGUGGCAGACAUCUUCGACCGCGACGGAGAUGGUUACAUCGACUACUACGAGUUUGUGGCAGCACUGCACCCGAACAAGGAUGCCUAUCGACCCACCACCGACGCCGACAAGAUUGAGGAUGAGGUCACCAGGCAGGUGGCUCAGUGCAAAUGCGCCAAGAGGUUCCAGGUGGAGCAGAUCGGAGAGAACAAAUACCGAUUCUUCCUUGGGAACCAGGUAAAGUUUGCGUGUGUGUCUUUGUGUUUGUAUGUGUGUUUGUGUGGCAGAACCCCAGAAAUCUGCUCCUGCCAAUUUUUGGUCAAGAACGACCCAUGCAGAGUGCAUCAUCCAGGGAUUAAAAUCUUCCGCUCCGAGUCCAGCAGCUCCAUAUCAUCCCAUAUAGCUCGUGGACGCACCAACCUGGAGCUGAGGGAGAAGUUUAUCCUGCCGGAGGGGGCGUCACAAGGCCUGGCGGCCUUCCGCUCCAGAGGGCGGCGCUCCAAGCCUUCGUCCCGCACGGCUUCACCCACGCGCUCCUCCUCCUCCGCCUCCCACAGCGCGCACAGCUGCGCCUCAUUGCCCUCUGCCCCAGCCACACCCACCGCCUCCUCACGGCCCACCCACGCUCACUCCCGUAGCUCUGCCAAGCCCUGGCAGGCUUUCAGUAAAACUCCAGCGCAGUGCCAGUCCUGCCCAGAGCACAGCCCGACCCCCAAGCCGGAGGGGGCAGCGAAUUCCAAGCUGAAGAGGCCGACUUUCCACUCCAGUCGAGGUUCCCUGAGUGGGGAGAACGGGGGACAGGCUGGGACAAGCGCCACUAAGCCUGCCCGCACCGACACGAAGCGGACAACGUCGUCUGCGAGUGGGCCGGCGAGCCGAGCGGGCAGCCGCGCGAGCAGCCGGCGUGGGAGCGACGCGUCGGACGCCUCGGAGCUGCUGGAGACGCGCUCCGCCUGUUCGGACACGUCGGACACGCCGCGGCGGCCCGGAGCCAAGCCCUCUAAGAUACCCACCAUGUCCAAGAAGACACCCACUGGCAAGAAAUGAGAGAAAAAUAACAAAAAAAAAAAAGUGAAAAAAAUAAACCUCCACACCAGCAGGGGGCACUGACAGCAAGCGGCACGUGCUGCAAAAAUGGCUGUAGUGGUGAGGCAUGUGUCUCACGCAGUUACACACCCACACGCACGCACACAUGUAAAGUGCACACUGGUAUCCACACCUCUGAGGAGAGCCUGAGCGGCUGCAGAAUGUGCAGAAAUUCCCAGACAAAGAGCCCGGCUUGGCUUCUCUGCCGCAGACUCUGUCCUUCCUUCCAGUUUUCUAGCCUGCACUGGUCUCCAGCAAACAGCCACUGCUGCCCCCAGACCUCGCCUGAAGCAGUGCUAGCUAACAGUGAUCGGCGUGAUGCUGCCUAAUUUGUGUUUAGUUUUUAACCUCACCUGAUGUUAGGCGGCCCUUGGCCCACACAGGGGGCGUCAUCCGGGACGGGAGAGGCUGGACUGCUGGCUGAAUUGAGUGUGGCCUGUGUGGGCCGUGUGGACCCGGUCUCCGGGUUUGGGCCGGCUUUACUCGGGGACCGGCAUGCUCUUACCAGCAGGGGGCAGGACACUGACAGACAAAUGCAGACCUUCCCUGCUGGGAUUUUUUGUCGUUACAGGAAUGAGCAACUAAGUAGCGACUGUAUCUGAAGCACACUGAGCAGCAGUGGUGAAAUGCCUUCUCGGCCCCAUUCUGCCCCCUGCAGGCCGCACACCCUCCCUGGCCUCCGUUUGUGUGCAUGUGUGCGUGCGUGUGGCUGUGUUGUAAUGCUGAUUGUGUUGGAUGGGGUUUCUCACUUUGGGAGAGAACAGACACAAUGCAAGUCCUCAUGACUGCCUUUUAACUGGCAGUCUGUGGGUCAUGAUUCUUUUUUUUUUUCUUUAUUUCAAAUCGGUGGGAUUCAGUGGAGAUGUACAUGUCUCUCACCACUGUAAGGGCGCCACCUGCAGGAAGAGGAGCGUGGACCAGGAAGCUGGUUCCUCAUACGCAGGUGUCAGGUGUGACAUUGCGGGACACUGCUCUGACCACAGGGUAGCACUGCCCGGGCUGCGUUUGCUGUGACACCUCCACCACAAAUGCAGAGAACGCCCAGUGACCUGAAGUCCUCGCGUGAAGCUGAUGAGCCUUCCAGGCGAGAGUUUGGCGAGCGUGCACUGACCGUCUGUAGCGCUGUACGUCCUCAUAACCCUGUAGGGCGUCUGUCUGUCCACGUGAACGUCUUUGUGUUUUAAUUCUGCUCAAGCAUCAUGUGUUUAAGGAAAUACAAGGUUAUUUUGUCACCGUAUGCAAAACUAAAAAUCGUGAAUUUUUUUUCUUGGUUAAUUUAAAAUCCUGUUAUCUUUUGUUAAAUUUUCUAGUUUAAGGAAAUUGUAUUUAUUUUACAGUUUGGUAUAAUAUCGCCUUCUGAAAAUUAAUCAGUGUUAAGAUCGAUUUUUUUUUUUUUUUUUUUUUUUUUUAAUGAGUCUUCGCUUCUCUUAAACCUUUCUUAUGUGAGAGAUUACUGACCAGGAAAACUGACUGAUUCCAUUGGCUGUCUCUGACUGCCCUCAGGUCAUGUCAGGAGGGGGCUUUACUUAUGGAGUAGAUACAAACGCUACACAAUUGACUGAUUGCUGGUGGGCGGAGUCAACAUGUUUAACUCCGCCCCCUCAGUCACCAGCUCUCCCUCCCUCCUUAUUUUCGUCUCUUUGGAGCUUUCAGUCGUCACCCCCGUGAGCAGGAGUCGGCAUGCUCCUGUUUCUCUAUGCGAAUUCUACAGAAUAUCAAUUUCUGAUGAAAUCAAGUGAAAGCCUGGAGUGAUUUUUAUUUAUUUAUGAUGUGGAGGGGGUGGGGGUGAGUUGUACCCCCCCUUGACGCUGUGUUUUGCUCAGUGUGUUACAGAGGAAAUGGAAGGGGUGGUGUGAGCAAACCAUGUAAAGGAAUAAGUUAAGAUUAUAAACAUUUUUCUUGUUCUCUUUUUGUAUUAAAAUAUUGCUUGCAGUAAAA